AUGUGUGGUGGAAAUAAUGAACGAGUGCCUCCAAUUCAGUGUUACUACAUUGUCAUCAGCUCCACGCAUCUCAGCAACGGGCACUUUCGCAACAUCAAGGGAGUUUUCCGGGGCCCUCUCGGCAAGAACGGGAACAAAACUCUGGAUUAUGCUGAGAAGGAGAACACCAUAGCAAAAGCUCUAGAAGACCUGAAGGCCAAUUUUUACUGUGAACUCUGUGACAAGCAGUAUUAUAAGCAUCAGGAGUUUGAUAAUCACAUUAAUUCAUACGACCAUGCUCACAAACAGAGGCUUAAAGAACUGAAACAAAGGGAAUUUGCUCGAAAUGUAGCAUCUAAAUCCAGGAAAGAUGAAAGAAAACAGGAAAAGGCACUCCAACGCCUGCACAAGCUGGCCGAAUUAAGAAAAGAAACUGUAUGUGCUCCUGGAAGUGGCCCCAUGUUCAAGUCAACAACUGUUACUGUGAGAGAAAAUUGUAGUGAAAUUUCCCAAAGAGUUGUUGUGGAUUCAGUGAAUAACCAGGAAGAGUCCAAACAUACUUUGAUUCGUAGUGCAGAGAGUGCUAAAGAUGUUACCACUGUUGCUGCAGAUCCAGAAAGCGCAAAUAAUUAUACAAAAAGUCAUCAACUUGGAGAUCGAGCACAAGGAAUCCACAGACACAAAGUUGGCUUUUCUUUUGCGUUUCCGAAGAAAGCAUCGGUGAAGCUGGAGUCCUCCGCCUCAGCCUUCUCUGAGUUCAGUGAUGACGCCUCUGUGGAAAAAGGACUUGGCAGAAGAAGGAGAUUUGUCCCUGGUACUUGUCAUCUCCAACUGUCUUCACCAACGGAUGACCUUUUGAGUCCCGAGGAGAAAGUUACCUCUUUUCAUCCACCGGAGGGAAUGUGCACUUACAAAGAAACAGCUCAAACUCAAGAAAUGAAAGAAGUUUCUUGUGAAAAAGGUACAUUUUCAUUACCUUCAUUUUGCCAGUUUCAACUCCCUUUAUCUUCUGAUGCAGAUAAUUGUCAAAGUUCAGUCCCAUUAGCAGAUCAAAUACCACUGGAAAAUGCUGCUAUUAAUGAAGACAUUUCUGUGAGUGAUAACAGCCCUGAGUUGUUAGGAAAUAAAUGCACAGUUCUCAAUAGGGCUAAUGACUGCAUAUCUUUGCAAGCUACCCCAGAGGAAAAUGCUAAGGACAAUGAUGCAGCCACAGUUGAAGUUGAAAACAAAAAUCCUGAGAUGUUGGCCCCUUCAAAUUCUGAAGAGGAUAAUAUAACCUUACAUAAAAAAAAAGAUUUCUAUAAAAGACCCUGUGAGCCAUUCGUACCUGUACUUAACAAAGACGGAUCCACAGUUCUUCAGUGGCCAUCAGAAAUGCUGAUUUACACGGCUGCUCAACCAUCAAUUUCCUAUAGCUGUAAUCCUCUCUGUUUUGAUUUUAAGUCCAGUAAAUUAAACAACAAUCUAGAUAAAAAGAAGCUGCCCUUAAAUGACCUUUAUUCGCAGCAGAAGGAAGAAGGCAUUUGCAAGAGGCCAGUUUUGGAUUGCAAGGACAGAUCUAUUGCAGGACUCACAGAACAUGACACUGAAGGUAGCAGGAAUGAACCCACUCAAGUCACUCCUCUUUUGGCUGAAGAUAUUUGCUCCGAUAGUUGUGACUCUGGAAAACAUGAGAAUACAGGUCAGAGGCAUAAAAACGUUUCCCCUAGAAGCAGAAAAACAAAAAGAUAUAAUUUUAUUAAAAAGCAAAUAAAACAGAAUACUCAUGAGAAAUAUGGCAAAACAAGGUGGAAAGAUACGCAUGAGCACUGGUUCCAUAAAAGCAGAAGAAAGAAAAAGAGAAGGACGUUAUGUCACCAUCAUCACCGGGAGAAAACCAAAGAGUCAAAAACGCACUUCAAAAUGGAAACAGAAAAUAGUUGCACUGAUACGACUAGGGAAAACCUACUGGAAACAGCUUCAGAAAAGCAGGAUGUAGCUGUAGAGCAAUUAUUGGACUCACAUCAGUUACCUGAUAAAAAGCCCAAGACAGCAUGUAUGUUCUUAGGUGAAAGUGAAGACAUGUGUAAAACCUGGAGCACCGAGUGCAGUGAUAAUGACAAUAUCAGUUCUGAAAAUCCCUGCGCAAAGAACUCGAUGGUUUCAGAUGGACGGUCCGGUCCUACGACGCUGCAGCCCGGGAAACAUGAUUUAGCACACCCCAGAACUUGCUGUCGUUGUCGAGCCAAAACGUCCAGCUGCAGCGAGGACCACAGAUGCCUCGUUCUUCAGAAGGACCUGCAAUGCAGGCCUCCCAGCCAGGCUGUCAAGAGAGGUUAUCAUUCCCUCGUUAAUGAAUCGGAGAGGUUUUACCGAAAACGCAGGCCGCAUUCUCAUUCUUAUUUUUCCGAGGAAAGUGUUAAUCCACAGAAUGAUCCACCCGAGGAAGGCUGGGGGCCACCACGCGCCUCCGCUCCCUUGAGGCCUAGAAGGAGACGAAGGAGGAAAAGAAGCAGGUUGCACGCCAGGCCUGAAGCUCUGGAGCUCAGGGAAAACGCAGGCUCUCCCCCGACAGGCAGCUCUUCCUCGGGUCACCAGGCCGAGUCCGCGAGCGAAGGCCAGAGACAGGAAACAGGGCCCCAAGAGGCUGCAGCUGUGGAAGGGAACGCAGGCGCCCCGGCCGAGGAAGGCCUUGACCGCACCUUGCUCGAACGCAAAGAAAGCGGCGAGACCGCACAUCUUCGCGAGGAGCAAACUCCCCCCAAGGUGCCUGCUGUGGAAAAGGCCUCCCGACAGCCGCGAGCCCAGGCGUGCUUCUGCCGCUACGAGCUGGCCGAGGCCCUUCCGCACGGAAAGGCGAACGAGGCGCCCGCCGAGUGGCUGCGCUUCAGCUCGGGACUGCUGAGCUCACCGCCGCCGCUGCCCUUCAGGGAAGCGCACGCCGGCGGGCACGCCUUCGUCGCGACCGAGCAAGUCCUGGCCCCGCUGGCCUUCCCCGAGCAGGCCUUGCUGAUCCCGGUGGAGAGCCACGACCGGUUCAAGGGCCUGCCCUGCGACGUCUACCCGCACAUCCUGCCGCCCGGCGCGCUGGCCCGCAAGCUCACGCUCGCCUUCCCCUUCCCCGCGGCCCUGGCGGCCCCCGGCCCAGCCCCGCAGCCUUCGCCC